AUGGCAACAAAAGCCUCAAAAUCUGUUACACAGUUCUAUGUAGAAUAUUGCAAGAUUGACGACAAACUUGGUAACAGUUCUUUACUCGGAAUAUUUUCUGGAAAUUCACGAUUAACAUGUGCUAGUGGACGCAAUGAACAGUGUACCUGUAUUGGGUAUAACAGUAGAUUAAAGAAAUGUCGCAUUCAUGAACGAUGUCCGUUCAACACCAUGAGGAGACCUGAAGAUGGAUGGCAAUAUCUCGUGAAAAAAGUGUUUGACUGUAAGGAACUGUUUGAUAAUGGUGUCACGAUGUCUGGAGUAUAUACAAUUCAGCCUGUGACAAAUCAGCUCACCGAUGUUUAUUGUGAUAUGGAAACAAACGGAGGCGGUUGGACGGUACUGUUAAAACGAAUCGACGGCUCAGUGAAUUUUACUCGAAGUUGGAAUGACUACAAAACUGGUUUUGGGGAUGUCUUCUCCGAAUACUGGAUUGGAAAUGACUUCAUUCAUCACUUAACAAGAAAUGAUACUUCCAAGUUGUACGUCUCAAUAACUCAUGUGGACGGAAGAACGUUUUUUGAAAGAUACAAUACGUUUUCGAUUUCCGACGAAGCUAAUGGAUAUUCGUUGCAUUUUGGAGGUGCCUUUGGAACACUUGGUAUAGUAUAA